AUGGCAGUCCCAGGGCCUCCUCCUGACUUAGACGGUCCCAUAUCAGGUGCCGACUUCAGACGACUUGCUCGUGGCAACCCUCUUCCCGGCGAACGUCCCCAUCCUGUCGGUGGUGGUCGGCGCAUAGCAGAAGCAGCUGCCCCGCCUCCGACCCAAAACGAGGAUUUUUCCGGUCUCGAAGGUCUAUUUCCUGGUAUCAGUACGAAGACUGGUGCUUGGACACCUGGAGGAGCCAUACAGCAAGGUCUAGCGCAAGGGAAAGGCGUUCAUCAGAUACCAGGAGCGACGACGUUGCCUCCACCCGAUCAUCCACACGCUUGGGCAUCGCCGGGUCAACAAGCAAAUCCGAAUCCUAUGAGUGCCUCUCUUUGGAGAGGUUAUGAUAUGCCUGACAAGCCCGGAGGAGGUCUGAUGGACAAAUUUGGAGAAUGGUGGAAGGGGCCAGGUGGCGCGAGUGACCCAUGGACAGCUUACCCGACCAGUGCUUUACCAGGUCUACCAUCGUCUAUUCCCCCGUCUCAUCGCCCACUGCCUUCUGGUAAAGACCUCGAUGCAGAUUGGGGAUCCGGAAUGGCGUACCCGUACUCUGGUGGCAUGGGUGGACUGGGUGGUGGACUGGGUGGUGGACUGGGUGGUGGCAUGGGUGGUCUGGGAGCAUACAAGCCAGAUUUGAUGGGUCAAAUUUCAUUCGGUCAAUUGUCUAGAGAAGAACAACGAAGGCUGGUCAAAAAACACGAGAAACAGAUGAAGGAGCAAGCAAAGCUGGCCAAGACAGCCGAGAAGUUGAGGGACAAGGAAGCAAAAAGGAACAAGAAAAAACAAGCGAAGAAAGUCAAGACGGAAAAGAAGGCAGUCAAGAGAUUGGAGAAGCAGAUGAUGUCCGGCAAACACCCUUGGGGAGGUUAUCCACCGCCCAACCAUCAUCCAAUACCUCUUCCUUAUGCUGCUUCUGUUACCAGGAGGCCCGAGGCCACCAAGCCUUCACCUGCAGUGCAGCCAAACCCAAAGAAUGAGUACAAGUUCAUGUACUUCCCCACUUCGGAUUUUGGUCUCGUAAAGCCUCCAAAUUCCACUGGAUUGCCUAAAGAAGCUGAUGGCAAGGAGAAGUGGCCGGCUAUGACGAAUUUCGGUAUGGAAGACAAGCAUUACCACAUGCGAGUCAUCAACCAGCCGACGUAA